CUGUGCUCCGCAGCUCUUUCUGGUUGCAGGCAGCCAUCUUGCCUGGAGCUUGAGACAGGGAGAAGAGAAGAAACGGGUGACACUGGGCUUAGGGUGGCCGGAGGAGGUGGCCUCAAGAGCUAGGGGUAGCCCCGGAGGUGGUCCUGGGUCCUGGGCUAUGCUCUAGGACCAGAAAAGGGAAGGCGGAGGGCAGAAGGCUUGAUGGGUGGGGAAUGUCAAACAAGACUUGCUAUGGGGGGGAGGGGCGUUGCUAAGGCAACUGGGGAGGGCGGGGUCAUGUCUGAACUGCUGCUCUGAGUCACCAGAGUGCUGCCCAGGAAAGGCAGGGCUGGGGUGAUGACCACGCUAACGACCCAGUGGGAUUUCGCGACAUCACCUGUGUGGAGGGACUUCGUAUCUAUGGCAACUGUCACCUGGUGGAAGGGGCGGAAUUAGAUUUCCUCUGCCUGAGACGCUGACAUUCCAAGCCCUUGCCCUGCAGGCUCCCGCAGGCAGACAAACCAAAGAAGGAAGCCAGGGAAUGGCCGCGGUGUGGCAGCAAGUCUUAGCAGUGGACGCGAGACUGAUAUUACAGUUGGCCCAGACUGACCCCAACAGAGCUGCAAAUUGACUAUAUUGGCGCUAGACUGAUCUUUUCAUCAUAACACUGAUUAUUACAUAAUUACCCCAUCACAAUCCCUUUGCUGCUCUUGAUCACUCUUACCAUCCCAGUCACUGCCAAACAUUGUACCAUCCUGUGCCUUGAGCUGAUUUAUUCCCUCUGUCCUGUGCCUGCUGCCUGCCCUGCCUCCUGGACCCCACAGGUACAACGCCUACCGUACACCAACGUUUCCACAGUUUCGGACCCAGUAUAUCCGCCGGCGCAGCCAGCUGCUGCGGGAGAAUGCCAAAGCUGGGCACCCCCCAGCACUGCGUCGGCAAUACCUGAGGCUACGGGGCCAGCUAUUGGGCCAGCGCUACGGGCCACUCUCGGAGCCGGGCAGUGCUCGUGCCUAUAGCAACAGCAUUGUCCGCAGCAGCCGGACUACCCUUGAUCGAAUGGAGGACUUUGAAGAUGAUCCCAGAGCCUUAGGGGCUCGAGGACACCGCCGUUCUGUCAGCCGAGGCUCCUACCAGCUGCAGGCACAAAUGAACCGGGCAGUCUAUGAGGACAGGCCUCCCGGCAGUGUGGUACCUACAUCGGUGGCAGAGGCAAGUCGGGCCAUGGCCGGGGACACAUCGCUGAGUGAAAACUAUGCCUUUGCAGGCAUGUACCAUGUUUUUGACCAACACGUGGAUGAGGCAGUCCCAAGGGUGCGCUUCGCCAAUGACGACCGGCACCGCCUGGCCUGCUGCUCCCUGGACGGCAGCAUCUCCCUGUGCCAGCUGGUGCCUGCCCCACCCACUGUGCUCCAUGUGCUGCGGGGCCACACACGUGGCGUCUCAGACUUCGCCUGGUCCCUCUCCAAUGACAUCCUUGUGUCCACCUCCCUCGAUGCCACCAUGCGCAUCUGGGCCUCCGAGGAUGGCCGCUGCAUCCGUGAGAUCCCUGACCCUGAUGGCGCCGAACUGCUCUGCUGCACCUUCCAGCCGGUCAACAACAACCUCACUGUGGUCAGGCUCCAGGACACCUGCUCACCAAGGGUGGGGAAUGCCAAGCACAAUGUGCAUGUCAUGAACAUCUCCACAGGCAAGAAAGUGAAAGGUGGCUCCAGUAAACUGACAGGCCGCGUCCUCGCCCUGUCCUUUGAUGCCCCUGGCCGGCUGCUCUGGGCAGGCGAUGACCGCGGCAGUGUCUUCUCCUUUCUCUUUGACAUGGCCACAGGAAAGCUGACCAAAGCCAAGCGACUAGUAGUACAUGAGGGCAGCCCUGUAACGAGCAUCUCAGCCCGGUCCUGGGUCAGCCGUGAAGCACGAGACCCCUCACUGCUCAUCAAUGCCUGCCUCAACAAACUGCUGCUCUACAGAGUGGUGGACAAUGAAGGGGCACUACAGCUGAAGAGAAGCUUCCCCAUUGAACAGAGUUCCCACCCUGUCCGCAGCAUCUUCUGCCCCCUCAUGUCCUUCCGCCAGGGAGCCUGUGUAGUGACAGGCAGUGAAGAUAUGUGCGUUCACUUCUUUGACGUGGAGCGGGCAGCCAAGGCUGCUGUCAACAAGCUGCAGGGCCACAGUGCGCCCGUGCUUGACGUCAGUUUCAACUGUGAUGAGAGUCUGCUGGCCUCCAGUGAUGCCAGUGGCAUGGUCAUCGUCUGGAGACGAGAGCAAAAGUAGGGUUCUGCCACCCUGUGCUGCCCACUGAUCCCUCCUCCUUUACUCCAGUCUUGCACUAUAAAUUAAAUUCCUGUGGUUGUGUUGAAGGGCAACUCCCAGGUCUCUCACAAGGAGGCACUAAGGAGCACCCAGGCUCCCAGUGGAAUGGGAACCAGUUCCUCAAUUGUGCAGUGAUGUGCUCAUCCAUUCAACAAGCACAUGCUGUGAUGUAUCACAUAGGCAUGCAGUCAGUAGACAGGAGGGAGGGCACCAACUGUGUUGUCAAGAGCUGUUCUGAGAAGUAGGGAUACAGCUGUGGCUUCAACUGACAGAAAUUCCUAUCCCUGUGGGCUUCCAUCCCAAUAGAGGCAAGCACACAGGAGACGAAUACAGCCAUUCCUUGGUGUAGAAUUUACUUUAUAAUUUUUUAACUUUAUGACUUCUUGACCUUCCAGUGGUAGCAAACCACACGCAUAUACCCAGUUCUGUUUUUCACCUUUCAGUAUGGUGUUCAGUGAGCUAGUCAACAUUUUGUUAUAAAAUAGACUUUGCAUUAGGUAAGUUUGCCUACUUGUAGAAUAAUGUCAGUGUUGUGGGCACAUUUAAGGUAGGUGACACUAAGCUAGGGUGUUUGGUAGGUUAGGUAUAUUUUCAACAUGAGAUAGUUCAAGACAGACUUGCUGGGGUAUAACCACAUGUGAUCAAGACACGUCUGUAUAUAAUAGGAUAGUUAAAGAUGAGUGCUGUGAAGAAAAAGAGAGGAGAGAUGAGGUUGCAGGAACGGGAGGGGGUGGUAGCUUCUUGGGGCAAUGUCAUCAGGAAAAGUGUUCUCAACAGGAUGACAUUUUAAAGAUCUGAAUGAAAUAGGGGAAGUCAUAGUGUUGGGGCAGGGAACAUCCUUAACAGGAAGAAAGGUUAGUGCAGAGGCACUGAGCCUCGAGUAGGUCAGAGUGUGAUUAGGCGGAGUGUGCGAGAUGACAUGAGACGGGUCCUUGGGGCAUCUUGGGCCAUAGUGAGGAAAGAAGCUUUCCUCCUUUCCUGAGUGAGGAAGGUGAGGUGGGCUCAGACAGCAGGAAGGAAAUUAGGUGCAGAAUGUCGAGUUCAACCCCAGGGCUUUCACCAGGUUAGGUUGUCAAACUCCCCAACAUUGGCAGUUUCUGUUUGGGUGGACCUCACCCUUACCUGUGCAUUGAGUUGUGUCCCACAAACAGUGAGCAGAAGUGUUGAAUUCUUGGAGUACUAGAUUAGGAUGCAGACAGCCAUGGACUCUGGGGCUGAGCCAUAGCUCCUGCUGUGGGGUGGAAGAAACAGAAAAUCUCUAAGCUCACCCCUGUCUCCUUCCAGGUCCAUCCAGGGCACUUAGUUCAGUCCUGGACCUGCUCAGAGACCAAAUACUAAUGUUCAUUAUUGGGUAUUGACAAGGAAAUAACUUCUUAAGUCACUCUUGGUAGUUAGGUCAUGAUGACAUGUGAAGGUCUGAAGAAUCCUCAGGGGUUCUUGCAGCUCCUAUAUGGUGCUACAUUUGUAGCAAUUGGAACUUUGGCUAACAUCUUGGGACCUCUUGAGUCCCCAACCUGGUGAUCUAUAGAACUAACAGCAGCUCUUUGGGGGGGGGGGUGAGAUAAUUUCCUAUUUGUUUCAUUUCUUGUUUAAGAGUAUGGUCACUUCCAGCCAAAACCUUUCUGAUCCCAUCAGCCAGAUCUUAAGCAAGUGGUUAUUAGAUUGGAAUGUCAGUGAGCCAGAGUGGUCAUUGUAGUCAAAAUCAUGUAUGUGUGCCAACAUCCCUAAUCAAGCUUCAGGAUCAUUGAUUUUUCUAUGAGGACUGUAACUUAAUACAGCUAAAAGGUACAGCAAAGGGUGCCAGACAACAAUUAAGUGCUAAGCUCUUAAGAGAACCUCUCAAGGUUAUCACUUCAGACCUGUGCUUUGACUCUUUUCUGUACCAGAUGAAUGCACUUAUUGAACCAAGGUCUGUAGGUAGCAAGCGAAUUUGGGUAAAUAGCAGUUUUCUCUAACUUUCUUCUUUUCUUCACGCUCUCCAUUUUCUUUAAUGAGUCUGGUUUUGGGAUGAUUGGUGAUGAAUAUUGUUUGCAUGAUUUUGGGGAGGGGGUUCCUUCUUGUGCAAUUUUUGAGGUGGCAGACUUGACAUUAAAUUAUCUACUUUAAAUUAUCUUGGUGACACUUUUGUCUCACCACCUGAAGGAAAAUAAACACUGAGCAAACAAGAAAAAAAUAAAAAAUAAUGUUGUUGGUCAAA